AUGAUUAAUUCCUUCUGCUGUCAGUGCUAUUCGCAGAGAGGCGCGGCGUAUGCUGCUCUCCUUGUGAUGCUUCUUCCGGUGAUGUGGCCUGCGCUCGUUUCGCCUCUUGGUCACGCCUCCCCUUCUGCCUUCUCGGAGUGGAAUGCUCCUAAACCAAGACAUUUGUCUCUCCUGAAGGGAGCUUUGCAGCGUGAAUUUGCAAAUGAGCAGAAAUCUGAGCUUUGGGCUCCUUUGGCACCCCAGGGAUGGAAACCCUGUGUUCCAUCUUCAAGUAUCACUGGAAACCCUGUGAAAUCGACUGGCUAUAUCCAAGUAUUUCUUGAUGGUGGAUUGAAUCAACAGAGGAUGGGGAUAUGUGAUGCUGUUGCUGUUGCUAAAAUUUUAAAUGCAACCCUUGUAAUUCCACAUCUAGAAGUAAAUCCUGUGUGGCAAGAUUCAAGCUCAUUCGAAGAAAUUUAUGAUGUGGAUCAUUUCAUCAAUGUCUUGAAAGAUGAAAUCUCAGUUGUUAGAGAGUUGCCUUCUGAAUACUCAUGGAGCACAAGAGAUUAUUAUGCCGUUGCCAUUAGAGCCACAAGAAUCAAAACCGCACCAGUUCAUGCGUCAGCCAGCUGGUACCUGGAGAAUGUUCUUCCAGUUUUACAAAGUUAUGGGAUUGCGGCAAUUGCACCAUUUUCACACCGCCUUGCUUUUGACAACUUGCCCGGGGAGCUUCAAAGGCUGCGUUGUAAAGUCAACUUUCGGGCCUUGGCCUUUGUUCCUCAUAUCAAUGCAUUGGGAGAAAUGCUUGUCAAACGUCUCAGGUAUCCUGGACGUGCACACUCUGAUGAAUACAUAGAAGAGGUAGUUGAUGAAAAUGUUAGCCAGGGGUCUGGCAAGUAUGUAACACUACAUUUGCGGUUUGACAAGGACAUGGCAGCCCAUUCAGCCUGUGACUUUGGUGGUGGUAAAGCUGAAAGGUUGGCUUUGGCAAAGUACAGACAAGUUAUUUGGCAAGGGAGAGUUAUGAACUCCCAAUUUACUGAUGAGGAGCUACGGAACCAAGGGCGCUGCCCAUUAACACCUGAAGAAAUUGGAUUGCUACUAGCAGCCUUGGGCUUUGACUCCCAAACUCGCCUUUAUCUCGCCUCACACAAGGUCUACGGAGGGGAAGCCAGAAUCUCAAGCCUGCGGAAGCUUUUCCCUCUAAUGGAAAAUAAAAAAAGCCUUGCUUCUUCUGACGAACUUGUGAAGGUUGAAGGGAAAGCUUCUCUUCUGGCUGCUGUUGAUUACUAUGUCAGCAUUAAGAGCGACGUCUUCAUUUCUGCAUCCCCUGGCAAUAUGCACAAUGCUAUGGUUGGCCACCGAACUUAUGAAAACCUGAAGACUAUAAGACCAAAUAUGGCUCUAUUAGGUCAGCUCUUCCUCAACAAGAGCUUGGAGUGGUCUGAGUUCCAACAGCAGGUGUAUGCAGAUCACAGAGGUCGGCAAGGCCAGAUUCGAGUGAGGAAGCCCAAGCAAUCCAUUUACACGUAUCCUGCUCCAGAUUGUAUGUGCCUGGGCUGAAAGAAGAUAUGUUGUUUAUGAGUAUAUUUUGUUGUACUUCAUUAGCUACUAAAGCCGUUUGUUCUUCAUUACGUGUGGUUUUUGUUUACAUUUACAGGUCAUAAACGAUUGCCACUGCUGGCAACUAUUGGGUCUGAUUAUAUUUAUUUAUAACUCUACAUAUUGAAAUUGUUCAGUAGCGUGUCAUUUGCGCUGCAUAUAUUUAUUAAAUGAGAUGGUUAAUUUGUUAGCUUUA